AUGCCUCUGCUGCGGUUGGUGCUGUCAGGGUUCCGAGCUGGGGCUCCAGGAUUCCAGAUGCCACCGGACUCAUCCAAACCUAUGAUCAUGGUGGGACCGGGAAGCGGAAUCGCCCCAUUUCGGAGUUUCUGGCAGCACAGGCACGCCCAACUCGAAAGUGAGGAAAAGCCGUUCGGCAGGAUGGUACUGUAUUCCGGCUGCAGAUAUCGCCGGUGGGAGCUGCACCGCGAGGAGAUCCGCGGAAUGCUCGCCGCGGGCGUUCUCGAUCGCGUCCACGUCGCGAUCUCCAGGGAGCCUGGCAUCGAGAAGACUUACGUGCAAGACCUGCUGAAGCGGAACUCUGAAGAAGUGUACUCCGACGUGAUCCAUCGCCAGGGCCACGUGUACGUGUGCGGGGACUGCGCGAUGGCCGACGACGUGUACGGCACGGUGCGAGAGAUCGUCCAGACCCAAGCGGGCAUCUCGUCGCAGGAGGCGGAGGCCAUUCUCGGUUCUCUUAGGGUGAGUACUGAGUACCUCGAGACUAAGUACCUCAUGGCCCAGUACCUCAGGUACAGGGAGGAGAACCGAUACCACGAGGACAUCUUCGGCACCGCAUUGCGAAGGGCCGACGAACGAGCGACCCAGGGGCGAAGGCGCCUCAGCGUCGCCAAUGCCGGCAAAAGGCGGAGCCUCGAGGAGCCACCUCGAGGAGCUCCCUCGAGGAGCCUCGCCGAGGAGCCCUUCUCGACCUCGCCGAUUUCAAACGUUUCCGCCGAAAAUGAGAAACCGCAGGGCUUUGAUGAAACCAAUUUGUCGGAUUUCGUCUAG